AUGCCACUCCGGCUUCGAAAUGUCGCGGUGCCACCCCCUAAGCCGCCCUCCGAAAACCCGACUGAGCUUGAACUUGAACAACUAGUGGUGGACGAUUCGGACGGCGAUGGAGGAGAGAACGACACCUUGACAAAGACAAGCAGCACGAACAGCGCUCUGAACGUCGUCCGAACAAAACUGGCACGCCAUAUGUCGAAUGAGAAUGAAACGCAUCGCCGUUCUCGUGCAUCAGCCGGCCAUAGCCAAGAAGAGGUUGCUCGAAGAGCUGAGCUGAGAAGGUAUCGACAUCAAAGAAUCCAAGAAGAGCUUAAGAGUGAAGAUAACCACGCCGAGUCGAGCAACACUUCUCAUCGCAGCACUUCCUAUCUGUCUCCUCUGAUUGAUGCUGGACAGCCAAUGGUGGGACCCAGGGAUACCAUCGAAUUCACGGUCGCAGACGGACCUCAUUCUAGCGCAGCACCAGCGCUUCCGACGCAAGAGAAUACAGCAAUUAUUGAUAUACCAAAGACAGAGGUAGGCAGCACUACGCAGGAAGAAGGCGGAGAGAUCAAGUAUCCUAGUAUACUUGCAGUGCUUACCGCAGGGGAUAGAGAUCGAGCUCCUCCCUUACGUCCACCAAGCACGCAUAGUAAUAGAUCUCGAAAGAUAGCGGGAUGCUCAUACAACUCACCUCGUCUGGAUCGCGUUUUGGGUACAGAUAACGAGUUCGACAUUCGUCAUGGGGCUCAUGCUUGGGAAGAGCAGUCCACUCUUAGUAUCUGGCUUGCUGCUCAAGGCAUGCGAUCCCGAAGCAGCUUUACACGCGCAACAGACAAUGAGUCAAGCGAUAAGAGUGCUAGGGAUCAAACUUGUUCACACCACCAAAGCUUUGGCGCGAUCGAUAGUGCCGCAGACGCUCCGCUGCCGAUUCAUUGUCAAGGCAGUAAUGACAUGAGGCCCCAAAACCGAGGAGAUUCAUACGAAAGCGCAUCAUUCGCCUCGAACAAGUCAAAUACCCAUACAAUAGGUGGCACUGAUACCAUUUUGCCUGAGAACAAGCCGCUCUCAGGAUCUAAUGUCUUGGAUAUAGCUUCAGCAAAGUUCGUUGAUAACAGUUCCUCCAACUAUCCUUCUGUACUUCCAAGUUUUCAGCCGAGCCCAAAUCGGUCUCGGCCCGACUUCCAUCAUCUCAGCGCUCAAGAUCUAGAAAGCCUUGAGCUGUCACCCUUCAGCUGGCAAGGCGACUUUUCUGUCAUUAAAAGUAUUCGGGCAUCCGAGGGAAAGAGUUCAUAUGCUACAGCUGAAGAUGACAUCUUCUAUUCCGAUAACAAUGCCAGCAGUGCACAAAUUAUUCACCCACCUGCCCAAACUCACACUUCCACCGACGCCACACCUAUUGCCGGCUCUACAGCCGCAAUUUUUCAUCCUCGAGAGACCAAGGCACGGACAAUUGGUACAAAGCUUGGUAAUGCACUGUCACGGAGGAAACCGUCAGCGAGUUUUGGUAGUCGCUCCAAAGAAGAAUUUCACGCGAGUUCUACGGGUACUGGUAGCCGAUCCCUUAUGUCAAUGAUUAACCUUUCAGUCCCGAGGAGAUUCAAACGUGACUCUGGCAGUUUCGGCACGGCGCACAAUAGACAUUGCGUCAAUGAGAGGGAUUCGUCGGCAAUUGUACGAGAGGAUCCGAAUGAUGUACGUUCAGGCAUACCUCCGCAUAUAACUUCUCUAUUUCGCCCAGAGAGAAGCGGCCUGUUAUCAGCCGAUUUAAGCGACGCUACAAUCAAGAACACGUAUAAUCAUCAUCAUCAGACACCGCUCACACAACGGCAUUCAGCUACUUUUGAAACCUCCAGGCUGACUCCUCACUCGGAUGAACUGCCAGACGAGGCCCGGAGCUCCUCUCGCCGAAUUCUUCAACAACUGACGGCCAACAUUCAAGAAGCAUUUUCACCCAGCUCUACACCUAAACCUACUAGACCGCCCGAGUCUCCGAAUCGUCUGGCUAAGGCACCUCCGCACUUGGGCGAUGAGAGAGCUGCCGCCACUGACCCUCGCCAGUCGCAGCUAGAUGGUGGUAGUUCGAUUUCAGACGCUCUCAUUCUGGACUCGGGCACGCGCUUUCAGCCCGCAAAGCUGGUAAAGGCUAUGAGAUCUAGCUUUAGAAAGUUCAUGCCUUCCCAUGACCAUGACAAGCAAGCUCAGCUCUGCCAGCCUUCCAAAAAUAACCAGCAUUAUGAUGAAAAUGAAGAGCACUCGCAAUCCAAGAUAGUGCGGUUGGGCACACCGUCUAUUGAAAGUGACCACCUAAAAUCUGGAGCGAAAGGAACAACUGAAAGUGAUACUGCGACUUCACAUCAGCAAUUGCGUGUUGGUAAGGAGUUGGAAGCGCCUGGAUUGGUAAAGCAGCUCUAUGACGAGAGUGAUGUGGAAAGCAGAUCUAUUGAUACGAUCCAAUCAUCGCAGAGCAAACCAUAUUUAUCAGAAGAAGAAGAAGAAGCAGAGACACCUAGAUCUGCUUCAGUAUCCACAAUCAGGGAGACUCGAGCUCUGCGUCGUUGGAAAUCAAUGUCAGCCGCACCGACGAACCGGGAAUCGUCCCCGAACCGGGUUGGCAGACCCAUAUCACAAUCUCAUAGCUUCAACACUCUCUAA